AUGGCAGUGUGUGCGGAGCUCAGUUUCAAUGUGGAUCAUGGCUAUCUAGAGGGUCUGGUUAGAGGAAUGAAGGCUGGGAUUCUCACUGGCACUGACUAUCACAAUCUGGCCCAGUGUGACACACUCGAUGACAUGAAGCUGCACCUACAGAGUACAGACUAUGGCAAACUGCUGUCCUCGACUGAAGACGACCUGACUGUGUCUCUGGUGGACAGCAAGCUGAGGGAGAACCUGGUGACUGAAUUCAGCUGCCUUCGCUCCAACGCCCUACCGCCGCUCUCCACCUUUCUUGACUAUAUAACCUACAGCUACAUGAUCGACAAUGUGGUGAUGCUGAUCACCGGGGCCCUGAAACAGAGGGAUGUGGCAGAGCUGCUCCCGCGGUGUCACCCACUGGGAGCUUUCGACCAAAUGGCAGCAGUGGGCAUCGCCCGCACACCGACUGAACUCUACUCAGCUAUCCUGGUUGACACACCGCUAGCUCCAUUUUUCCAGGAUGCUGUAUCUGAGUCCAACUUGGAUGAGAUGGAAGCUGAGAUCCUGAGAAACAAACUGCAUAAGGCAUAUUUAGAGUCUUUCCACUCUUUCUGUAAGAACACUGGUGGUGCCACAAAGGAUAUAAUGUGUCCUCUCCUGGAGUUUGAGGCAGACAGACGAGCCUUCACAAUCACUGUGAACUCCUUCGGGACAGAUCUCAGUGGUGCAGACAGGAGCGCGCUGUAUCCAUCAUGUGGCAAACUUUACCCUGAAGGGCUGCUACUGCUGACAAAAGCAGAAGACCACGAACAGGUCAAAGCUGUGGCCGACUGUUACCCGGACUAUAAAAUCAUUUUUGAUGACCCUGAACCGGGAUCAGAUUUUAAGACUCUGGAGGACAGAUUCUUUGAACAGGAGGUGAAGCUGAACACGCUUGCUUUCAUGCAGCAGUUCCACUUUGGAGUAUUUUACUCCUACAUCAAACUGAAGGAGCAGGAAGGUCGCAACAUCAUCUGGAUCGCUGAGUGUGUCACACAGAGACAGAAGUCCAAGAUACACAAUUACAUACCCAUCUUCCAGGGAACAAAAUAAUCAGACAAUAACU